AUGGAACGGUGGACCGGCGUCCUCCACGUCCCGCUCUCCCAAGGCGGCCCCCUCUUCCGCGUCGCUGCCUCGCUCAUCCUCGCGCCCUCCAAAGCCCUCGCCCGGCUGUCGGACGCCGCCUACCUCGCCAAGCUCCUCGCUGGGAAGCUCGCCGGGGAAGCCAACGCGUGGGUGGUCGAUGCCGCUUGCUUUGCCGGGCCGUUUGCGGUUUACCGAGGGCUUGUGCCGUCCGUGGACACCGUUGGCGACCCUGAGCGGUAUGACCCCACUGGCCUACCGGCGGCGGCUGGCGUUGCCAGCAUCUUGGCACAUUGUAUUCGGGAGGUCUCAACAGCUAAUUGUUCCAACAGUCUUGUGCACCUGUGCAGUACCAGCUUUCUCCUCCUUCCCCUGCGACAAGCUCCUGUGUUUGAUCCAGAAACAAAUUUGAAAGAUAACCACACCAGGAUCGCUAGGCCAUUUGUUAUGAAACCAGGCCGGAUUAUGCAAUUUCCAAAUACCCCACAUGACCCCUGCAACCCCAACGGCAGUUAUCCCACGUUUGCUUCCAGUAAAAGUCUUAAGCCAGGUAUUCAGAUACAAAAUAAGGUCACGAGGGGGUCAUUGAAUGAUUCUGCAGGCAAUCAAGAACCUACUGCGUCAUUGCUACCGUCGUCUGCUCCUAAAACUAUCAUCCUGGGGUUCAGUAAGGGUGGAGUUGUCGUCAACCAGCUUGUGGCAGAACUUUCUAAUUGGGCCUCAAAAUCAGCAAAAGGUUCAGUUGAUAUUUCACGGCAAAACCCAGCCCUCUUGACCGGUGAUCUAUUUGUUCCUGCUACAGCUAGUGAUAUUUUAUCAAGUAUUUCCGAAUUCCAUUAUUUGGAUGUGGGCCUCAAUUGUGCUGGAGCAUACACUACUGAUCAUGCGGUGAUCAAGGGGAUAGCCAACUAUGUUUCCCAGACUAGUGAUACUCCCCGUUUCGUCCUUCAUGGGACUCCGAGGCAGUGGUCUGAUCCGAACCGCCCAUGGAUCCUGGCCGAGAAGAACACGAUGCUGCGGUUGCUUCAGGACGAGGCCAACAAAUGUGAAGGAAGACUGACGCUAUCUGAAAAGAAGUAUUUUGAUGGUAGACCACGCAGUCUCCUGAUGCAUUUUGAGAUUCUGGAAGCAAUGGACAUCUCCUGA